AUAUGAUCGUACGGACGAACAAGUCGGAGAAGAGAAGGGAGUCGUGGCCGUUGGAUCUGGUUUUGUGGGCAUCCACGAACUCUUCUUCCCCCUAAUCAAUAAAAUUUCAUUCCUUUAAAACAAAAAAAAAACGAUUUCUCAGUUCUGAUUUUCGAUCUCACGUCGAAAGUUUCGUCCUUUGGUUCGUUCUGAUCGCGAGAUCCAAAAAAAUCAUGAGGAAGAAGCUCGACACCCGUUUCCCUGCUGCGCGUAUAAAAAAAAUAAUGCAAGCUGACGAGGAUGUUGGCAAGAUUGCUUUGGCUGUGCCUGUCCUUGUUUCAAAAGCUUUGGAAUUGUUCUUACAAGACCUUUGUGAUCGUACUUACGAAAUCACCCUUCAGAGAGGAGCCAAGACUGUGAGCUCUUUGCACCUAAAAAAUUGUGUGGAAACGUACAACGUGUUUGACUUUCUGAGGGAAGUUGUCAGCAAGGUUCCUGACUAUGGCCAUGGGCAUGGUCACGGUCACGGUAAUGGCCAGUCUGAUGCAACCAUGGACGAUCGCACUAUCUCUAAGAGAAGGAAACCUACGGGAGAUGAAGCUAAUGACAGCGAUGAGGAGAUAAAGAAAACCAAAGUGCAGGAGACGGGGCAAGUGGGACCAAGUGGAAGGGGUAGAGGAAGAGGGCGUGGAAGGGGACGUGGACGAAGUGCUAAAACAGCUGAAAAGGAGCUUCUUCAACGCGAGAUGGAAACAGAACCAACCAUAUUGUCAGCACCACCACAGCUUACUCAAGACGGUAUCACGAUGCUGCCUUCACCAACACAACAACAAGACACUGAGAAGAAGGAUGUAGAUGACAUGUCUAAGCAAGAGCUGCAAAGUCCAAAAGCAGGUAACUACGACACAAACUCAGGGUUAGGUCGAGAUUUCGAUCUGAACACACAAACCCUCGAAGUAGAGACAAAGCCACCAGUGGUGGUGGUCACAACAGCCUCAAGAGAGACAACAAAACCAGAGGAGUAUCCGGGUUGGUCCAUAUCGGAUAUAGGGAAUAUGGAUCCAAUGCAGCUUGCUAGUAUGGGUAAGAGGUUAGACGAAGAGGAAGAAGAAGAUUAUGACGAGGUGGAAGCUUGAUGCUGAGACCCACUUGUUAGUAGGGGGAUUAAAUAGAGAGUAGCAGUGUUAUGUAGAAGAUGUGUAUCAUAUGGCUCUUGUUGCUCUUCUCUUUCUGUAUGGAGAAAAACAUUGUAGGCCCUUUUUUAAUUAUUAUUUCGGAAGUUUGAAACCUGA